AUGAGCUCCCUACACGGCACCGGGCAGGAUGCUCGUGCGCAUGUACGCGGUGAAUCGAUCGCGUACCAACGACGACCGAAUACAGCUGGCUCGACCGCGGUGCACGUGCAGACGAACGCGCCAGGCGAUAGCACGUCCUCGUCCAACCACCACCAGGGUCCCCCGCCGUCAAAAUUCUCGCGAGACGCAUGGAACAGGAGGGACAGUCGCAGCAGUAGGCCCUCACAAGACUACUAUGUUGAUCGUACAGCACGUCCUCAGGUGCUCAACUAGAACACUACGCCUCCUUCUCAGCCACGGCGGAUGCCUUCAGUGUCCACGCAACACGUCGUCGGAAUCGCUUCCUGCUGCGUCUUGCCCUCGGCCUCGCAGCUGUUUACGCCAUGGGGUACUAUCUCAGCUCAUGGAAGUACCAACGCCGUGUCGUCGCAAUCGGACGCGAGAGGAAGACGCUCAUGGCAGGCGCCGGCGAAUCGCACGUCCUGCCGAAACGGUGGAGGGAAGCUGACGAACGUCCUUCCAGCGCCGGCAGCGACAGUCUGCCCCAGUGCAAGAGAGUGAUGCUUUUCAAAUUCACGAGGUACGUCUCUUCUACGCAGGACACGCAUGAGUCCUGGAGAACUGCUGACCAACGACAAAGUCUCGUGUUGACCCGUGCUAAAGUACCGAGGGUUUGGCGUCCGGGAUGUUGGCCUACGUCCGAGCCGGUGUCAUUGCCAACAAGUUGGGCUAUACUUUGCUUGCAGAUGAUGUCGAGUGGAACUACGGCUCGUUACGAGGUGAGUGUCUAUCAGAUGUCGACGUGGCAGCGUGGUGAACGAUUUUCGCUCCAUCCCUUCUAAUCGAUCAACUCGAUCUUUCCGCCUCUCGACGACUGCCACGCGUAGACUAUUUCGUUCCUCGGUCAAUCCACUGUCGACCCCCCAGCGACUGGUUCAUGACCGAACGUGCGACGGCUUUGGGAUCGCGAAGAUGGCAGAGCCAGGACCGAAUCUGGUUCUCGAGGCAGCACAUGAAGCACGCCGAUGACUGGAUCCGGUAAGUCUCACUGGACCUGUGGUUAUGUACCUUGGUCAAUACCAAGAAAAGCUGAUAUCCUUGUGAACAAACAGUGAGGAGACUUUGGAUCCUGACGCGAUGAACGAGUUGCGUAAUCGUCAGCUCGGCCUCGUCCUCCCCGAGGGAGAGACCUUGCCCGCCCCAUUGGAAGAAGUCUUUGCCGAUGCGUCCGCCGUAUUGCGCGAGCUUUGGAAACCCCACGAUCAAAUUGCCACGAUGGUGCGAAGGCAAAGGAUGGAGCUUGGUCUCGGCGACGGUGCUGUCCGCGGCCGAAAAAACUCGCCGACCUGGGGAGGGGCGAAGCGCCGCCCCGAGGAGUCGAGAAACACGGGUCGAGCUGAUGCCGAACAGGUCGACGAGGGUAUGAGGGAUUAUGAUCAGCAAUCGGGUGCUGAAAGGAACGACCGAGGGCCGGUGAUCGGUGUGCACGUCCCGCUCUUGGCGGAACGGCUGCCUGCCGCCGAGCUACGGCUGAUUGGCGUUCAAAGGGCACAGACGGAUGAUCGAUUCGGGCUCGUGAUGCAAGGCGUCAACGACGCACUUCGUCGGCUGUCCAAAAAUUCGGUCGCGGAACCUUCCUACUCGCGCAACCAUCCUACCUUGUUCCCGAGCGGUGCCAAGGCCCAUAUCGUGGUCGUCUCGGGUGAGAAGGACGCGGACGUUGUGGCCAAGCUGGCGCAGAACGAUCUGGCACGGAACAUGGACAUCAAGAGGACCUCACCCCCUCCUGCGGACGAGUUGAGACAGUGGAGCGACUUGGCCGAUGUCGAGAAUGCUAGAAGCGACACGACCAAGAUUGUGACCGAGUUUGAUCAAAAGACUUUCAACGCGUUGCCCAAGUCGCUGAGGGUACAUCUGACGAGGGUAGGUCGGAUCAUCUACAGCCAUUACUUUCAGGUCUCAGGCCAGAUGAUUGACGGAUGCGUGUUGCGUAUGCAGUACUUACUCCGCGAUCUGACGACGCUCGCGCUCUACGCCGACGCCUUUGUCGUUCACGGUGAGUCGCCAAAUAGCCUCAUCCUUAGCUUUAAAUCAGACCGCUGAUGCGGAUGCUUUUCUUAACAGGUACAUCGAGCGUUGGUCGACUUGCGCUCCUGCUCGCUGGUGAGGACGCUGUUGUAGGUCCUCGGGAGAUCUCUGGCCACGGCUUGGGCGGUCGCGUGCGCAGUGUGGACGGUUGGUGGUUCCCGAGCAGCCAGGUCUCGGCACUGUGGGAUCAAAUCUGA